AUGCAGCUCCACCACCUACUCACUGGGUCUUAUACCAACAACACGCUGUUUCUACUUGCGUUUGACACUGUAUCCCGAACUCUAUCUCUCAAUUCGACUGUUCCGGGAUUUGGAUUGCACCAAUUCGUGACCAGCAAUGAGGCUAAAAACCAGGUUUAUGCAACCACCAUGAGUGAGCCCCCACGGUUGUUUACUUGGGGAGUUGAUGAAGAUUUCCAGUUCACCCAUCUGAGUACCAACAAAAUCACAUCUUCGGCCUGUUAUAUCUCCGACGAUGGCCAGUAUUCGUUCUCCGCUGGUGGCCCAACCGCGCAGAUAAAUUCUCUGGGCGACAAUGGAGUCAUUGGUAAUCAGACAGACGAACUUCAUCUUAUCCCUGUUGAAGAUAUUGACAGUGUGGACAAGACCCGAAAUGCUGUUUUGCACGGCGCUCAUGCUUUUGAUGUCAACGUGAACAAAAAGGGCUUUGUUCCCCAUCUCGGUAUGAACUCGAUCUUCAUGUACGAUGUUGCCGAUAAUGGCACCGCCCAGCUUCUAUCGAUAAACCUGAGCCCAACGGAUGGUGAUGGCCCUCGUAACUCGUAUGCUAGCAAGGAUGGGAGGCUUCUCUACGUGGUUACCGAACAUACUCAAUGGCUCGAUGUAUACGAAGUCGGUGAAACACAGCUAAAGCAUGUUCAGCGUGCCAGUGUGAUUCCUAAAGAUGUCAGAGGGAACUAUACAUUCCGUAGUAACACGGUCAGACCCUCUAGAGAUGGCAAGUAUCUCUUUACCUCCACUCGCAGCUGGGAAUCCCCAGAGAUAAAUGGGUUUGUAGCUGUAUUUGAGAUGGAAAUGGAUGGGUAUCUCAAAAAGGAAGAUGCUGUGGCUUUCUAUGAGGCACCAGUAAGUCUUGGUUCCGCAGGUGGUCUCCGCGUCGCUCCUUGGGAGGACGAGACCAACUGUGAUCCGGAGGGUCUGACGGAUUACAUGUACCUCAGUGAUACUUCCGAGGGUUGGAUGUUUAUUUUGGGUUGGACUCCAUCGAACUAUUCUUUGGACCUUGUUACAUCACUUCAAUACCCAGACAACGCUUCGCCAUAUGAGGCUACUUGGCUGAGCUAG